CGUCAGCUGAUCCACCUUUAAAAAGCCCGUUCUCCUCUCCGCAGCUCGUCGUCCCGCGGACUCCUCACCAUGAUGGAGUACUGGAGGCAAUGCGCGCUGUGGCUCAUCAACUGUAAGGUGCUCCCGGCGAACCACCGCGUCACUUGGGAGUCCGCUCAGGUGUUCGACCUGGCUCAGACGCUCCGGGAUGGGGUCCUCCUGUGUCACCUGCUCAACAACCUGAGACCCCAGUCCAUCAACCUGAAGGAGAUCAACCUCCGACCGCAGAUGUCACAGUUCCUGUGUCUGAAGAACAUCCGGACGUUCUUGGCGGCGUGCAGCGACAAGUUCAGCAUGAGGAGGAGCGAGCUGUUCGAGGCCUUUGACUUGUUCGAUGUCCGAGACUUCGGGAAGGUCAUGGACACUCUGUCCAAACUGUCCCACACAGCCACAGCCCAGCAGACGGGAAUCAGGCCGUUCCCGUCGGAGGAGAGUGUUGAAGAUGAAGACAUCUAUAACCACCUGGAGGACCUCAUUGAUGAGAAGAGCGUGGAGGAUGAGGAGGAUCUGUACGACUGUGUGUACGAUGAUGAAGAAGGAGGAGAGAUCUACGAGGACCUGAUGAAGACUGAAGCUCUCCCUCCUCCGGCCUUUCAGAAGCAGGCAGAGACCGACAUCAGGAGCUGCUGUUUAACGGAGCUCAAACAGACGGAGGAGAAAUACACAGAGACUCUGGAGUCAAUAGAGAAGCACUUUAUGACGCCCCUCACCAUGUUUCUGACCCUGGCCGAGAUGGAGAAGAUGUUUGUGAAUAUCCCGGAUCUGGUCAAAGUUCAUAAAUGUCUGCUGCUUGAGAUCCGGGAGUCGGUGCUCAGCAGGAGCGCUCAGGACCUGUACCAGAUCUUCAUCACCUACAAAAAGAGGUACUGUGAGUCCAUGUCAGCUCUGUGUGUCCCCCCCUCCCCCCUUCCUCUUCUUCAUGUGUUUCUCAUCUGGUCUCUCAGGUUGUUGAUUUAUGGUAAAUACUGCAGCCAUGUGGAGACGGCCAUCGCCACUCUGGACCACAUCUGUAAAGACAGAGAGGACGUCCGCAUGAAGCUGGAGGAGUGUUCAAAAAGAGCUAACUAUGGGAAGUUCACUCUCAGAGACCUGCUGGUGGUCCCCAUGCAGAGAGUCUUAAAGUACCCACUCCUCCUGCAGGAGCUGCUGAAACACACUCAUGACACCACGGACAAGAGCAACCUGAGGACGGCGUUGGAUGCCAUGAAGGACUUGGCUCAGUACGUAAACGAGGUGAAGAGAGACAACGAGACUUUACGGGAAAUAGAUCAGUACCAGAAAUCCAUCGAGAACCUGAAUCAGCCGCUGAGCACGUACGGCAGACCCAAAGGUGACGGGGAGGUACGCGUGGCCUCGGUGGACAAACGAGCCAAACAGGACAGGCACAUCUUCCUGUUUGACGCGGCGGUGAUUGUCUGUAAACGGCGAGGAGACAACUACGAGAUGAAGGAGGUGAUCGACCUGCACCUGUUCAAGAUCACCAACAACCCCACAUCUGACAAGGAGAACAGAAAGUGGUCCUACGGAUUCUACCUCACCCACAACCAGGGCCAGAGUGGUUUCGAGUUCUUCUUCAAGACCAAAGAGCUGAAGAAGAAGUGGCUGGAGCAGUUUGGCAUGGCCAUAUCCAACAUCCGUCCUGAGAAUGCAAACAACAACUUCCAUGAGUUCCAUAUGAACACGUUUGAGAGGAUCACCUCGUGUAACUCCUGCCACAUGCUGCUGAGGGGGAUCUUCUAUCAGGGCUACCUCUGCUCCAAGUGUGGUUUAGGAGCGCAUAAAGAAUGUCUGGGACGCUUCGGCUCCUGUGGAAAAACAGAUCCGUGCUCCGUCAGAACUCAGGGGCGAGAUCCAGAUCCAGGUCUGCCAAAGAUGAUCGUCAUCAGGAACUACUACGGCACUCCGAGCCCGGCGUCCGGUCCACCUCUCAGCAUCCAGUCUGGAGACAUCAUCGAGUUGAUCCGUGCCGAUCUGCACAGUGCCUGGUGGCAGGGCAGAAUCCUGUCCACCAAGGAGGUCGGCUUCUUCCCCAGCGACGCGGUGAAGCCGUGUCCGUGUGUCCCAAAACCUGUCGACUACUCCACUCAGCCCUGGUUUGCAGGUCCGAUGGAGAGACUCCAGGCUGAGGCAGAACUCCACAACAGGGUCAACAGCACGUACCUGGUCCGCCAUCGCAGCAGAGAGUACACAGAGUACGCUGUCAGUAUAAAGUACAACAACGACGUGAAGCACAUAAAGAUCCUGACCAAAGACGGCUGCUUCCACAUCGCAGAGCACAAGAAGUUCAGGAGCAUAUUAGAGCUCAUCGAGUACUACAAACAUCACUCCCUCAGAGAAGGCUUCAGGAGUCUGGACACCACGCUGCAGUUUCCCUACAGAGAACCCGAGAACGCUGCGAUGCAACGACUCAACUGCUCGGGAAGCAACACCCCAUUGCUCUGCGGCCUCUCUUUUGUAUCUCCUGCCGGCUACAGCUUUGUACCUCCUUCCUCUGCUCCCUUCUGGUCAGUGUUCACUCCGAAGGUGAUCGGCGUGGCCAUCGCGCGGUACGACUUCAGCUCUCGGGACACACGGGAGCUGUCUCUGCAGGAGGGAGAUGUGGUGAAGAUCUACACAAAGUCCGGGGCCAACGGCUGGUGGAGGGGCGAGGUCAACAGCAGGGUCGGCUGGUUCCCGUCCACGUAUGUGGAGGAGGGUGAGGAGUGACGGUCCGACAUGAGGAAGAGAGUGGAAUGACUGAAGAAGGGCUGCAGCAGGGAGACGGAGACUCUCUGCUGAUUUCAGGUUCUGAAGACGUCCCCGAGGCCUUCAGAGAGGAAAGGGCUACGCCGCAACGCCGUAGCCUCUGCUUCCCUCCAUGUGGACUCCACCAAUGAGCGGCCUGGCUGUCAACGGGACAACCCCCCCCCGCCCCCCUCACUUCUUACAUCCAUAAUCCACCCUCCAUCCCUCUUUCUCUGCCUGGACAUCCCUGAAGCCUCUUCCUGUUUCUGCUGCCAGGUCCACCCUCGCCAAACUGUCAAAAUCACCCACGCUUUCAUCCUCCUGCAGGACGGACUUCAGUCUGAGUCUGUUUGACUAAUGCAGACACACACACAGAUUAUGAUCACUCGUUUUAAAGGACAUGUAAUAGAGGGAUAGCAUCGAUGGCUGUUGUUCUUCCCUCCCUCCUCCUUCGUUCUUUAUUGGCGGUGUCUUUACCGUUAGCGGUCCUCGCCUCUUAUCGGUGACAGGAGGCCACUCGCCAAUGGUUCUUAUAGGAGGCGUUAGCGACCUGUUGGGGUCGCACCACAGAGAAGGUACCGGAAACCAAGAGAGGGAAAUAAAGUAAAACCCUCCGACUGUUCUUUCUCUUAUUCUCAGGUUUCAGUCGCUCUUCAGUCGAUUUAUUUUACGUCCAACCUGUUAGCAACAUUUCCAUCAGAUCGUGCAUCACAGCGUUCUGUCAGAAGGCAUUCCCCUCCUGGUGCGGCCUCACAGGUUUGACCUUCAACAUGAAGUUUCUGCAGAACAUUUUGAAUUUAGUUGAUUCCUUUUGUCUUUAAAAUCAUUUAAAAUAAUGUGUUAACGCUGGAAACAAAGAGAAUGAUGGGAGCUUCUCCUCUGCGUCUAUCCUCCUGCUACUGCUAACAGCCCCCCCCCCCUCGCUGUAACACCCUCGCCCCCCCUUCACAUUAUGCACAGUGUCUCCCUAAUCCACGGUGAAAGAGGAUUUUCCCACAUUUGAGGGAAUAAAUAGAGAAAAACUCUGUCGUCAUGUCGACACACGCAGAUCUACGUACUCAGACAGAAUAAGACGCCAACUUAUGUCGUCUGGAGGCGAGGCAGAGAACGCGCCGGCAGCAGCAGCAGCGGGGACGUUUAAAUCUCAUCUGAGAUUUGAGGAGCAAAAGACACAUCUUUCUUUAAAUGUGGAGAGAGAGAUUUAUAAUCAAGUCGUGGUUUGUGUUUAAGGAUGGUCCAAAUGUGACUUUAAAUUCUCCAGUCUGAAGAGAGGACACACACACACACACACACACACACACACACACACACACACACACACACACACACACACACACACACACCUAGUGUUGUAGUAAAGACCACACUAACCCAGACCGAGACACCUGAGACCGGACUGCACCGAGACCAUAAAUAUCUCUGAUAAAUCUUCAUCUUGGGUCCGGGGGGCGUAACACCGGGAAGGUUGUGGAGUCGUGGUCAGUUUUUUGUUCUUUUAAAAAGAGGAGUUUUCCUUCACAGAAAUUACGUGGAAAAAUAGACGAUCAGAGGAGGUCUUAGCCGGUAUUGAUUUAAAAUCUGAAGUCUGCCCAGUCUGAGACUGAGACAAGACCAAGUAAAACAUGAUUUAGACAGACGAGACCUUCAAAAAGUGGUCUGGAGACUAAGACCGGUUUCGAGUACGACCACACUACACAACCCGACACAUAACCUUUAAAGAGCCUCUGUGUGUUCUGUGUAAAGGGUCUUCAUGUAACGCAGCCAUCCUGAAAUAUCAGACACAGUCAGACAGAGGAAGCUUCUCUAAGAAGAGAGCCAAACAAUCCAAACGUUCAGAGCUCAUCUCCAGUCCUAACACUUGAAAACGCUCAUGUUGUCAUAUGUGUAAAAGCGUUGAGUUCUUAAAGUGUUGGACUGAAGAUUUAUAUUCAUGUAUCAUUGCUUUGUGACUUCCCCGUUUCCACUAUUCUCCACAGUGUCACUAAGUGACCACUAGAUGGCAGCAUGCUAAACACAUCUCUGAGCUGUAACCUUCAACUUCCUAAAGUUUGGAGAUGACAUCAUCUGAUGAGGAGGUGAAGGAUGUUUAGAAGAUCACAUCAUCACAGAGCAGCAGAUUCCGAGAGACACAUUUACCUUUCUGCACAUUCUGGCUGCUUUCAUGAAAGCUUUCCUGACACUUUGUGUGCAGCAGGAUGAAGCUGCUCGUCCUCCUGCAGCCUCUGAGCAGACAAACAUUACAUUUAUAACUUCUUUAGGAAACGUUCAGAAACACUGAUGUGAUCGAGCAGCAGCUCCUCUCCUGUCAGGGGAGAAGUGUCAAGGAAGAGUAUCCUGUCAUCUCAGACUCCUGUUAUCCACUCUGCUCUCUUCUUCAUCCUCCUCCUCUCUCCUCCUCAUCCUCCUCUCUCUCCUCCUCCUCCUCUCUCCUCUUCCUACUCCUCAUCCGCUUCCUCUUCCUCAUCCUCCUCCUCCGCCCACAUGAACUCUGACAGUGGCUCCGGUCCUCCUCCUCUCCGAGUCAGUCUGAGGUUUCUGGGCUCGGGGUGAAUCUGUGAUCUGAUCAUUACACCAUCUCCUCACCUCGCCGACCUCGCUGCAUCCAUCUCUCUGUCGGCUCUGCUCGCUCCGGCGCUAUCUCACCGUGCCACUUCCCCUCCCUCCCUCCCUCCCUCCCUCUCUCUCUCUCUCUCUCUGUCUCUCUCUCUCCAAUCUCUCCAUCCAUCUUUCAUCCAAUCCAUGUCUGUUCUCUGUCCCUCACCUCUGAAGCUGAGGCAGUGUGUUGGCAGGAGGAGAAAAUAAAUCCGUUUUAUCAGGAGAGGAAGAGCAAGAGGCGUCUGAGUCUUUACAAACAGCUGCUGCAGAAGGAGGACCAGUUCAGUCCGAACACAGAUUCAUAGACUGAUUGACCUGAUGCAUUUAAAGACUGAAUGAAAUGAGUGUCCUCAUACAUGCACAGACAUGCUCAGUGUUCCUGUUAAAAUGCUCUCAGACAGGAUUGAGGGCCGGACACGUCUCAGCAGGCCUUAAAGAAACAAUCUCCUCGACCAAUUCUGCAGAACGCUGAGCUGAGAAUAUGUGAUAAGAUACUUUUUCUUGCUGUGAUUCAUUGAUAAUUCAUCCUCCUCCUCCUUCACUCUGUCCCUCUGAAGCCAAAGAUGUUCGCUGGACGCUCAGCUCGGUACCGACCGCUGUGGCCUGACUCUAUAACUGUGCAAUCUUUACUGUGUAGCAUUACUGCGUAUUGUUGCUGUAACAUACUGUAAAUCAUGUACAUAGCACAUAAUAAAGAUAUACAAUGCUUCUCCUAA